UCGUCCUCUGUCCUACUUGGCUUUCACUCCAGCACCGUAUAAGGCUGUUGAAUUUGAUUUUAUUUACCGGGAAAUCAGUUUGUGUACGCUUGCCCCGUGUAAGCGAGAAAAGUACUUUCGAGGGGAAUGGAUAUUGACGCAAAUUCUGGUUUCAACAACGAAGUUGAUUCAAAAGAAUCAGCCUUUUAUUUGGAUGCUGCCAAAUAUUGGGAGCAAGUUCCUCCUACAGUUGAUGGAAUGUUGGGAGGACUAUCAAGCAUUUCAGAUAUUGACCUUAAAGGAUCUCAACGUUUUCUGAAUUCUAUUUAUCAGCUUGUUGAAUGUCCAGGCAAAGAAAGAGCAUUAGAUGGUGGAGCAGGAAUUGGACGGGUUACACAGGGUUUCUUAAUGAAAAACUUCUCUGUUGUAGACUUAGUUGAGCAGGAUAAACACUUUCUAGAAGAAGCCAAGAAGUCUUUGAAGCCAACAAAUCACAGAGGUCAAUUUUUCAAUAUAGGAUUGCAGAAAUUUACACCUGAAGUUGCUGUUUAUGAUAUUAUUUGGGUGCAGUGGGUAUUGGGACAUUUGACUGAUGACGAUUUAGUAUCAUUUCUUAAACGUUGCAAAUUGGGUCUCAAACCUAGAGGUCUUAUUGUUUUGAAAGAAAAUCUCACUUCAAGUGGUGAGGUAGAGAUGGAUAAUACUGACUCAUCUGUAACCAGGCCACAUGCAUUGGUUGUUGAUUUGAUCAAGAAAGCUGGACUCCGUAUUAUUAAAGAACAGAAGCAGCAAAGGUUUCCUUCUGACCUAUACGAAGUGCGCAUGUUUGCGAUACAACCAGUGUAAAAAGGAUAAGAAGUACUAGAAAAUCAAUGCUGGUAUUGUUUUUUUGCCUGAAAAAAAAGAAGGAAAAAGGAAAUACUGCUACAGCAAAUCUAAAGCACUCGAAUAGCAAAUUGAAAAGGCGAGGACAAUUAUGAAACAUUUGUUUGGCACAUAUUCUUGCCCCUUGACAACGAUAAAAGGCAAAAACGAUCAAAGGGUAAACAGUAACACUUAUAGCAGUUUAGAUUUUGGAUCUUGAGAAAAAGAACUCCAAUCCGUGCUUAAACACGACUGCCAGUCAUGAAAUCCGAUGGUCGCACAAUGUGGUGGCUGAUCCUUGUAACAAAUAUCUUGAAUGGCAUAAUAUUCUGCAGUCAUCUUAUCCACAAA